AUAGAAACCCUUAGCUUCCUGGUUUCCGUCUUCCUCGGCGCACUUAUAGUUGAUCGUCUCGGGCGAAGGACCCUGUUUCUCUGGUCAGCUGCUGGGAUGGGAUUCUCGUACAUUGCAUGGACGGCCCUUAACGGGGUAUUUCUUAACACUGGUAGUAUAUCUAUUGGCAUCGCAGUUGUGCCGAUGAUAUUUGUUUAUUACUUUUAUUACGACAUCUCGUUCACCCCUCUAUUGUACGCCUACCCGACUGAGAUCUUCCCUUAUUACUUGCGCAGUAAGGGCCUUAGGUUGACUCUAUUCAGCAGCUAUCUUGCUCUAAUCUUCAAUCUCUUUAUAAACCCGAUUGCUAUGGAGGCAAUAAGCUGGAAGUACUAUAUACUGUACUGCUGUGUGAAUUUUGCAAUCUUCGCUUUUGUAUAUUCCAUAUAUCCUGAAAUGAAGGGUUAUUUGCUCGAAGAGAUUGCUGAAGUAUUCGAAAAGGACUCUACUGAUGCUAUUGUGCUGAAAGAUAAGGAUGAGGAGAAGGCUAGUGAGCAUAUUGAGAAAUAG